CGUGUGCAAGCAGCCGUGUCAACUUUGAUUCUAUACUGCCCUUUUUACCUUGUUUUGGUUUCGUGAAAGCUCUUCCUAUGCGCUGAGUAAAUAUUUUCUUUGUCAAUGUCUUAGACUACUAUCUGACAUCUGAUUUUCUUUAACUCUCCCCUCUCCUCCCUCUUUUCCCGACUUCCAACAGCCGUCAGCGGGCUUCAAAGAGGCUACAUUCCCUCUAACACCUUAUCUCAAACAUCUCCAAGCUACGAGUGCGAACUAUUUCUCAAGACGACCAGCCUGUCUGACAACCCGAAUCAACUCUCAGACUUGCAAGUCCUCGCUUUUAGUGAUUAUAACCUAUUUCCUGCCUCUACGAACAACUAUGGCGGGUCAAGGAGAUUUCGAUAUUGGACAGCUGUCCUCAAGUCAACAGGAAGCUCUGCAACAGUACACGCAGGUGACAAACCAGGAAGUGAAGGACGCGAUUCCCCUAUUACAGCGAUCGCAAUGGAAUGUACAGAUCGCCAUCGCCAAGUUCUUCGAUGGCGAGGGCCCCGAUCCCGUUGCCGAAGCCAUGGCCCAACAACAAGACCUACCCCGUAUGACGGCGAGACACGAGAACCUGCAAGAAAGCCUGUACCAUUCUACUCCGCAACCUCGACGAUCGAGACCGAACGUCCCCGACCCCGCUCCACGAAUUGUCCCGCAGCCGCCCAUGCUCCACAGACCACCGUUCCUGAUCGGCCUGCUACUGGCACCCUUCAGCAUCGGAUACAACGUGGCCUCCCGAAUCUUCCGCACGGUGUGGUAUCUGCUGUCGUUCCUCCCAGCGCCAAUCCGACCAAGGGCGCUGACGAACGGGGCGGCGAGAGGACUGCGCAACACCACCGGCCGCCGUAUGCUGAUGCCGCAAGACACGGCGGCGAGGUUCAAACGGGAAUUCGAAGAGGAGUAUGGCAGCGACGAACUGCCAUGGUUUGAAGGUGGCAUUGCCCAGGCGCAGGAUCUAGCGAAGAAGGAUCUCAAGUUCCUAUGGGUUGUGCUCAUGUCGCCCGAGCACGACGAAACCGCUUCUUUCACACGAGACACUCUCCUGGCACCAGACGUGGUCAACUUCAUCAGAGACCCGGCGAAUAAUAUCAUCCUGUGGGGAGGCAAUGUUCUCGAUUCUGAGGCGUACCAGGUAGCGCAGGAGUACAACUGCACUAAGUAUCCGUUUUCGGCGCUGGUCUGCCUGACGCCCAAGGAAGGUAGUACGCGGAUGAGCAUCGUCAAGCGGUUGGCGGGGCCGAUGCCCCCGUCGACGUAUCUCUCGGAGGCCCAGACGGCGAUCAACAAAUACGCUGGGGACCUAGCGGGUGUCCGGGCAGAACGGGUCGCGCAGGAGGUGUCUCGGAACCUGAGGAACCAACAGGACUCGGCAUACGAGAGGUCACUCGCCAAAGAUCGGGAACGAGCACGACAGCGGCGCGAGGCUGAGAAAGCGGCGGCGGAAGCAGCCAGACGAGCCGAAGAAGCGGCGGCGGCGGCAGAGCGGCUAGAACAGCAUCGCACGGACUGGAAGCGGUGGAGAGCAACGACGAUUGAGGCGGAGCCGCCGGCAACGGACAAGGAAGUGUCACGACUCGCGCUCAAGAUGCCCGAAUCGUCCGGCGCAGGGAGGAUCGUUCGGCGGUUUCGCAACUCGGCAACUUUGGAGUCGCUGUAUGCCUUCGUCGAAUGCUACGAUAUGCUCGGGGAGGCGGCCGGGCAAGAUUCGGCACAGAAACGUCCGCCUUCGGACUACAAGCACGAAUACCGGUUUCAAAUCGCGUCGGUCAUGCCGCGGACUGUCUACGAGCCCAGGGAGGAGCAAACCAUCGGAGAGGCGAUUGGAAGAUCGGGCAACCUUAUCGUGGAGGAGAUUGUGUCAAAUGAAGAGUCGGAUUUGGAUGAGGCUGAAGCGACAUGAAGGUAGCUUUGGUUGACGAUGACUAUUGGACGUGCUAGGGCUUGUUCAACAUGAGAUAUCAGAGGAGCGAGAGACGAGGGACUGCAGUUCGCUACGAGGCGAUUAAUUGUCGUGGGGGUAGUGUUACAACGAAGCACAAAUGCAAACAAUAGUCGUGGUG